GACUCCCCGGGAGCGGCCGGGCCGGUCCCUCCUCCGGCGCCGCCCUCCGUCCUUCCCUGCCCGCCUGCCUGCUUCCUGCGCACGCGGCUCCCCGGGAUGGCGGCGGGGCCGGGGCGAGGCGGGCUGGGCGCGCUGGGCGCCCGGGAAGCGGCCUCCGCGGCCCAUGCACUCUCGCUGCCGGCCGAGGCCUUCGGGAACGACCCGCGGGUGGAGGCGGCCUGGGCCAGGCGGGCCCUCCAGCACGCCCAGGUCUACUUCCACUUGCUCUCCUCCGCGGACCCCGCGGGCCUGAGGCUCACCCGGGCUGACGACCGGAUCUACGCGGCCUUCCGGCGCAGCUUCGCCGACCUGCGCGUCGACGUGCUGGACGUCGAGGACCUCAAGUCCGAGCCGGCCAAAGAGAAGUGGCGCCCGUUCUGCCUGCAGUUCGAGGGGGCGGUGGAGGACUUCAACUUCGGGACCCUGCUGCGCCUGGACUGCCGCCGCGGCUACUCGGAGGAGAACACCGUGCUGGCGCCCAGGAUCCAGUUCCUGGCCAUCGAGAUCGCGCGCAACCGCGAGGGCUGCAACGGCGCCGUCUUCCGCCGCGGAGGAACCCCGGAAGCCGGCCCCGAGCCGCCCGGCCCCCGCUGAGCCCGUUUGCUGGGACGCUGCUUCGGCGCCGCGCGGGACCUUCGUGGCCGUUUGCGGGGCGCCGCCGGACUCCCAGGAAACACGCCGAGAGCGGACCUGAUCCCGGACGGCCGCGCGCCUCUGAUCGGGGAGAGCCGCCAGGCUCAGCCGGAGACCGACCCAGGCGCCGCUGGUUCGCGGUUUCUCCCAUCGCCGGGCACGGCCUGGACUGGGGCGAGGGGGCCAUCCCGAGACCGUGGGGUUGGAGCACGUCUUGUCCCCAAAGACGAGCCGGAAGGGCUCAUCCACCCAAGUGAUGGAGGUGCCCCCACUCUGAGAUGAACUAGCCUACUUGCCAUCCCUUUUGUAUGUGUGGCCUCUGCUAGAUCAGCAGAACCGGCAGCUGUGGGCUCAGUCUUGGCAUGUAAACAGCAGUGAGUUCAAAAGUUAA